AUGAGCAAUCAUCUCCCCGUACCUGCAGAGAUAUGGCAAACCAUUCUGCGAUAUGCUAUCUCUGUACCGGUUUUUCUGGACCCAUACCAAGGAGAAACCCACUCAUUCCGGAUGAGAGGGGUUUCAGUGGCCGAGUGGAGUAACGAGGCGGCAUAUUGGAGGACAGAGCGUGUUCUAAAUACUCUCCAGGAUGUCUGCCAUCUAUGGCGUCAUUACCUGCAACAGUAUGAACAUCGUUUUGUUCGAAUAGCUGAUGUUGCCCAUGGCAUAGUCCCUCUCGUUCACCUUGGGACUGCGGCCAGAGUCUCCACAGGAAGGCACGAGUAUCUAACCUGCAGGGAAUGCUGCUCAAAAGACUACUUGCCAGGGAACGAGUUCGGACAAAACACCCCUUUCGAACUCCUCUGUUGGGCAAUUCUAAGACGUAUUGAGAGCUUUCAAGCGACAAUACUCGAUCUUCAAAUGUACUGUUCCUAUAGAUCCGAACUUCCACUACAUGCCUUUCAUAACUUGGUAACGUUCCAAGCGAUGGAAAGUCGAUACAGGACUUCAUAUCCUCCAGAUGUAAUAAACUCGCUCCCGAAUCUUCGCUACUGGUACGCAAAUGGGCAUGUAGAUGGGGAUUCGGAUCAACCCGUCCUUUCUACCACUCUGAGAGCCAUACGUCUUCGCUUUCCGUCGUCCGAACUCGCCAUCCCAACGAGUUGGAAUCUUCCAGCUCUACGCCAUUUGGAUAUCAACUUAAACGAUGUCAGUGGAACUCGCCGACUGCUCGAUAGUUUGCCUUCCCUACUCAACACUAUAGGUACAAAACUGCA